GAACGGGAACGUCUGUCGCAUUUCGUUGUGCAAUUUGUUGUAUUUGUAUUCUAUUUGAGGUUAUGUAAACCGACGUUUGGAAGUGAUUUUUCUGUAAUAACCAUUAAAAGCUGUAGUGUCUAAGAAAUAUAACAGUAAUGUGGUCAGGAAGAAUAGCCUCAUAUAUUAAAAAGACAUCAUCACUGACAAAAAUUAUAAGAAAAUUUUCACAAAUUCCUAAAGCCAAAGCAGAAUACGAGGGUUCUGACAUACAAAAUUUUCAAAUAGGAGAACGUUAUCAUGGAUUUCAGGUAAAGGAUCUCAAAGAUAUACCAGAAUUUCGAAUAAUAGCAAUACAUCUUGUACAUGAAAAAACGAAUGCACAGUAUUUGCAUCUAUACCGAAAUGACAGCAAUAAUGUAUUUUCUAUUAAUUUUCGAACUACACCGAUGAAUAGCACAGGCCUGCCGCAUAUAUUAGAGCAUACUGUAUUAUGUGGUUCAGAGCUUUAUCCUGUUCGAGAUCCCUUUUUUAAAAUGUUGAACCGUUCACUGGCUACUUUUAUGAAUGCCAUGACAGGAUCAGAUUAUACUCUGUAUCCUUUCAGUACCCAAAAUUAUUCAGACUACAAAAACCUACAAAAAGUGUACUUAGACGCUGUCUUCAGACCUAAUCUCAAAGAACUAGAUUUUAUGCAAGAAGGUUGGCGAUUGGAAAAUGUUGAUCCAAAUGACAUAAAAACCGAUAUUAUUAUCAAAGGUGUUGUGUAUAAUGAGAUGAAAGGGGUAUUUUCCGAAAAUGAAAACAUUUUCGUCCAGAAACUACAGAAUUUGAUUCUACCAGAUCAUACAUAUGGUGUUAUAUCCGGCGGUGAUCCUAUGGAGAUACCAAAUUUGACAUGGAGCGACCUCAAAAGAUUUCAUGUAGACCACUAUCAUCCCAGUAACUGUAGGUUUUUCUCAUAUGGCAAUUUUCCUUUAAUACCUACUUUGGAAUAUCUCAAUACUGAGUACUUGAGUAAACAUACACAAUCGUUAACCUCAAAUACCAAAGUCCCCAAACAGAAACGUUGGCAAGAACAAAAAAAGGAACAUGUGGCUUGUAGAUUUGACACCAUGGGCGAGCCGUUUGAAAAACAAAAUACAACCUCUGUGUCCUUACUGUUAUCUGAUAAUACAGAUGCAUACGAAACAUUUCUGAUGCAAUUCCUUACAGAACUGUUAAUCAAAGGCCCCAAUGCUCCACUUUAUAAGUCGAUGAUCGAACCAAAUUUCUCCGGAGGAUUCACGCCAUCUACAGGCUUUGAUGCCCAACCAAGAGAUACAAUUUUUACAGUCGGUUUACAAGGACUAAAAAAUGAAGAUAUGGAAAGAGUCGUGAAAUUGUUUGAUGAAACAAUUAACAGUGUAAUUGAGAAAGGCUUCGAUCCGCAGCAUAUUGAAUCAGUAUUACAUCGAUAUGAGCUUGCUAUUAGACACGAAACAAAGAACUUUGGACUGAAUUUACUGUUUGGUAUCACUCCUACAUGGAACCAUUCUGAUAAAGUAGUGCCUUCCCUCCAGGUUAACCAGCUUAUCGAACGAUUUAGAACAGAACUGAAGAGUAAUCCUAACUAUUUGCAACAACUCGUCAAGCAAUAUUUUAAGGAAAACAAACAUCGCUUAGUUCUAAGUAUGUCUCCAGAUAAAAAUUAUGAAGCAAAUCUUGAAAAAGCCGAAAAACAAUUAAUAAAAAGUAAAACAAAGGGCUUGUCUGAUAAAGACAAAAAGGCUAUAUAUGAAAAAUGUGUAGAACUGCAAAAGGAGCAACAAAAACCUGCAAAUACUAAUUUACUUCCUACCCUCACAAUAGAUGAUAUAAGUGAUGAGGUGGAAAAAGUGGAUAGAGUUCAUGUUACUCUUAACAAUGUUCAAACGCAAAUAAACAAAGUAAAUUCAAAUGGUGUUGUGUAUUUCAAAGCCAUUCUAAAUACCAAUGACUUAUCCCCUGAGGAACAAAUGCUUCUUCCAUUGUUCUGCUACGUUAUAAACAAAUUGGGAACUAAUAAACUAAAUUAUCGAGAAUUUGAUAGUUUGGUUAACCGAAAAACCUCUGGUCUGGUAUUCAACAAUCACAUUGCCGAGAGCCUUUUCCAUCUCCAUAGUUAUGAACCUAGUAUUUUCCUAUCUAGUCAUUGUUUGGAAAAGAACGUGGAGAGUAUGUGGGACAUCUGGACCCAGGUAUUUGGAAUUUGUGAAUUGCUAGACGUUCAGAGGUUCCAAAUGUUGGUACAAUUGUACAUGGCCAAUUUAACUCAUGGUGUUGUGGAUUCCGGACAUAUUUAUGCUAUGCAAGCGGCUGCUAGUCUAGUUUCUGGAUCUGCUUACCAAGUAGAGCUUCUCUCAGGCUUACAUCACAUUUCCUACAUGAAGAGACUGAUCCACACUUCUAACUACAAGGCUAUGUUAGCAGAAAUUGUAAAUAUCGCGAAAUUACUUUUUGACAAGAAGAAAAUGAGGGUGGCAUUGAACAUAUCUGCAGAUACUCAGACUGACUUCCUCCGCAGCUACGAAAACUUUAUUAACGAUUUACCUGAAUGUUCGCAAUCAUUAACUCCCGCAACAGAGAACACGUACAUAACCGGCAAGGUGUGGGCUCCAACAGAUGCAGUUAACUGCCAACAUCACAUCCUGAAUGUACCAGUAAAUUAUUGCAGCAAAUCUGUUCUCACGGUUCCAUACACACAUCCAGAUUACCCAAAAUUAGCCAUUUUAGCUAGGUUGGUUCAAUCUAAGUACCUUUUAUCAGAACUGAGAGAGAAACAAGGAGCUUACGGUGGUGGGGCGAGGUUGAAUCCGGACGGAGUAUUUUCCUUUUAUAGUUACAGGGAUCCCAGGAGUUUGGAAACUUUAGAUAUUUUUGAUAAUACUUAUAAAUGGUUGACUGAAAAAAUUGACAAAAUCAAAGUACAAGAUGUAUUCGAAGCAAAAUUGGGCGUCUUUCAGUCUGUCGAUGCACCAGUUCCUCCUAGUCAUAAAGGUUGCGAGGAGUUUCUAAAGAGACUAACACCUGAUAUUAAACAGAGGUACAGGGCAGAUUUAAUGAUAGUAGACAAGGACGGUAUUGAGGAGGUUGCUGAUAAGUAUUUGAGUGAAAAGAACGUAUUGAACACUGGGAAAGUUGUGAUCGGACCGAAAAACGAUAAGAUGGAGGUGUCUAAGAGGGAGAAUGAGUUAUGGACUGUUAUGGAUGCUUAAUUGUGCCUGUACUGUACUGUUAUCAUUGUUUUUGUUGUUUAAUGAACAUCUGUUUUUGUUACUUUUAUGCCUGGCUGUAUUGUAUUUUUUAUAUUUAUGAAUGGUAAGUUAAAUUUUAUAAUCGGUAUAUAUCUCGGAGAAUGUCAAUA